CCUCUGACCAGACUCUGAAGAUGGAUUUGCAAUGGUUUUUUUGUUGCUGCUGCCUUGCAUCUGUUUGUUGGGGGUUUUGCUCCUUGCAUUCUCUUUGUUUUUCCUUGCUACAGAGCCCCGGAAACAACACUAGCACAAAUUCUUCCGUAUCCUCUCUCCACAGAGCCACCAAAUUCCCCUCACCCGCCCGCACAUCCGCCCCCGCUCCGCACCCCGAAGUCCCCCGCACUCUUCCCCCGAUCCAUUCUCCCCCUCCUCCCACCCGGCCGACGCCAUGGCCUCGACGGGAUCCCCACCGCCGCCCUGCUCUCGGGGAGACCCCCCACCGCCGCCCUGCCGUCCAGGCGAUCCCCACCGCCGCCAUGCCCGCGAGGAGGCCCCCAUCGCCGCCCUGCCCUACGGGAGAUCCCUACCGCCGCGCUGCUCUGCAGGCGAUCCCCACCGCCGCCAUGCCCGCGAGGAGGCCCCCGUCGCCGCCCUCCCCGCCAGGAGACCCCUACCGCCGCGCUGCUCUGCAGGCGAUCCCCACCACCGCCCUGCUCUCCAGGAGUUCCCCGCCGCCGCCGCCCAGGGAGAUCCCGGCGGCAGCCCUCCCCUCCCGCAAGAUGCGGGACUCGCGCAAGAUUUCUGUGGAGAAGCAACAUAACUUGGAGGGCUACUACCUCCUGGAAGAUGCGGAGGGCUACCUUUUCCAGGAGGCAGAUGGUGGCUAUUACUUCUUUCCGUGCUUCAAAGGGGAGGGAUUCUACUACCAUAGUGAAGAAAGCGAGUACUUUCAUGCUGGAGAGAGCUUAUACGAGAAGGAGUAUGGGCUGGAGGCCCUUGAUUCUGAGUUACAGGGACUCUCCUUUGGUGCUGACUACUCUGGCAAGGUGGGGGAGGGCCUCCAUCACCAUGGCGACUUCGACAAGCUGGGCCUCCAUCACCACAGCGACUUUGACAAGCUGGGCCUCCAUCACCACGUCGACUUCGACAAGCUGAGCCUCCACGGCGAAUUUAACAAGCUGGGCCUCUCCAUCACCACGGCGACUUUGACAAGCUGGGCCUCCAUCACCAUGGCGACUUUGACAAGCUGGGCCUCCAUCACCAUGGCGACUUCGAGAAGCUGGGCCUCGACUUUGACAAGCUGGAGCAUCAUCUUCAUGAGGCUGAAGUUGCUUUCGAGAUUGCAGAGAUGGACAUACAUCUCGCUCACACUGAGCUGGAGGAUCACAAUGACUGCUGAAUCAACAAGGGCCUACAGUCCAGGACUUCUUCAUUCAUGAGACUACUGCAGGUGGUGGUUGGGUGGCGUCUUCAAACUGAUGCCCUUUUUCUGCUCUUUCGCACUGGUGUUCAUGGAACCUGUUUUUGGUAUUCCAAAGACGGGUUGAGACAGGGAUUAGAUGAUCUGAUAAUAGCACUGUCCGGUUUUACUUUUGUCACCAUGAUUCUCCUCGAUGUAAAGUGACUACGUGUGCAGGCUGUUGUUUUGUGGAAGUUUUCGUGUUUUUCCUGUGACAACUGUGUGAUAUCUAGCCGAUUUGUUACAUUUCAAGUUCAGUGUCUGGGGAAAUUUGCAUAGGUAGGCAAUCUUAAAAUCAUGUAUUGUGACAUCAUAGUUGUGUUGAUUUGGUACAAAUGGCAGUUCAACUCUGUAGUUCAUGCAUUGUAAGAGUGAUGACAGAAAUGGCAUUUGGUUUGGAAGCUGAA